AUGCGAUUCGCCAAUAUCUUUACAUCUCUCCUAUCGGUGGCCAUGCCCACCGUCACCGCGGCUACCCCGGCGGCGCCAGGCUUGACCUACCUUUACACGGCCAACGUGACGCUGGGCACCAAGUUCAGCAUGGGCGUCGGUCCAUAUGGAGAACGAGUAGCGAUCCCCAUCAUUGGUGGCACGUUCAGCGGGCCCAACUUGAACGGCACUAUUUUGAAUCUCGGGGCCGAUUGGGGAUGGACGGACACGCACAAUAAUCAGGUUACAUUUCAUCCGGACACGCGGUAUCAACUCCGUACUUCGGACGGAGCCAAUAUCUUCAUACAGACCGAAGGCCCCAAGCAGGCCGACGGAACCAUUCAUCUCAGAGAAAAGUUCGAAACGGGCAGCCCAGACUAUUAUUGGCUGAACAAUAUUGUAGCUAUUGGCAUCCUGACGUCGGGAGACGGUUACGUUGUGAUUGACACGUGGCAGGUGAGUUGA